AUGCGCCCCAACAUCGGCCGUCCAGGCCCCAACAGAGCGCACACAGCAACACCAACUCUGACAGGCAGAGUAUCACCCGCCGACAGUGUCGGAUCGUCGAGGAGCCGCACGCCCAAGCGAAAGGCCCCAGGCCCGGCGCAACUCGAGAUAGAAGGAGCAGAAGAGACGAAUAUCAAUGUCGUGGUGCGAUGUCGAGGACGCAACGAUCGCGAGGUCAAGGAAAACAGUGGAGUCGUCGUUUCGACCGAUGGCAUCAAGGGCAAGAAGGUGGAAUUGUCGAUGGGACCGAGCGCGCUCAGCAACAAGACAUAUCAAUUUGACAAAGUCUUUUCGCCUGCUGCCGACCAAGGAAUGGUCUUCGAUGAAGUGGUUGCACCCAUUCUUGACGAGGUUCUGAAUGGCUUCAAUUGCACAAUCUUCGCAUAUGGACAAACUGGUACUGGAAAGACCUAUACCAUGUCGGGAGACGUGACAGAUGUGCUGCCCAUCCCAGAGGCGGCAGGCAUCAUUCCGCGCGUCUUACACACAUUGUUCGCCAAGCUUGGAGACGAUGAAUCGGAAAAGGUCGAACACAGCGUCAAGUGCUCGUUUAUCGAACUGUACAACGAGGAGCUGCGCGAUCUCUUAUCUGCCGAAGACACCACCAAGCUCAAGAUAUUCGACGAGGCAAACAAGAAUGGCAGGACGACAACUCUUAUUCAAGGAAUGGAAGAGAGCCACAUCAAGACAGCCUCCAGAGGAAUCAAGCUGCUGCGAGACGGAAGCCAUAAGCGACAGGUGGCCGCCACCAAAUGCAACGACCUCUCCUCUCGUUCGCAUACCGUCUUCACGAUUACAGUCUACAUCAAGCGAAGUACCGACGCCGGCGAGGAUUGCGUCUCUUCCGGGAAACUGAAUCUUGUUGAUUUAGCUGGAUCCGAAAACAUUCAACGAUCUGGAGCCGAGAACAAGCGCGCAGCAGAAGCCGGGGUUAUCAACAAGUCGCUACUCACCCUUGGACGAGUGAUCAAUGCACUAGUUGAACGAAGCAGUCAUAUUCCAUAUCGCGAGUCAAAACUGACCCGUCUCUUGCAAGAUUCGUUAGGAGGCAGAACGAAAACCUGCAUCAUCGCAACUCUGUCUCCUGCGAAAAGCAACUUGGAAGAGACGAUCAGCACGCUGGACUACGCUUUCCGAGCAAAGAACAUUCGAAACAAGCCCCAGAUCAAUCAGAUGAUGUCCAAGAAGACUCUUCUGAAAGAGUUCACUUUCGAGAUUGAGAAACUGAAAUCAGAGCUCAUCGCUACUCGCCAGCGUAAUGGAGUAUACCUCACCGCCGAGACGUACGAGCAAAUGACAACAGAGUCCGAGUCACGGAGAAUCUUGAGCGAGGAGCAACGAGACAAGAUCGAGACAAUGGAGAGCAACCUCCGCAACAAGGUUCAGGAGCUAUUUGUGUUGACCACCAACUUCCAGUCACUCAAGAAAGAUAACGAGGGCACUAGAACGAGACUGGAGAACACACAAGGCGUACUCGAAAAGACUGAGCUUGUCCUGGAGCAUACCAAACAGACGCUCGCCGAGGAGACUCGUCUUCGCCAGGCUCACGAGGAAACUGAGGAGAAGCUGGCCGUUGUAGGUGGCGACUUGCUCAGCACCCUGGAGACCACUACAGGCCAUGUUGACAAGCUGCACUCGAAACUGCGAAGGCGUUCAGACCUACAAGAUGUGAAUCGAAUGCGAUGGGCCGACUCGCAGACACACGUUGCAGGGGCGACAAGUAGCUUGGAGGAGCGUAUUGAGGGAUUGCGAGGCCAACAAGAAAGCCUGGUGGCAGCACUCUCGGAUCGGAUGCAGUCCUUCGUGUCGGAUGAAUUGCAACAGCUGCAAACUUCUAAAGACUUCUUGAAAUCAAAAGCUGAUGCUUUCGAGGUAUCUCAAUCGGAAGUCAACGCACAGACCAGCAAGGCGAGAGACGACAUGAACGGCGUUCUCGAGGAGAUCGGCAUCCUUCGCGAGGACGUCAAGCACAAAGUCGGUGCUGGUCUCAACGACCUCUCGGCGGCCGCUCAGCGGAUCAGUGCCGGCAUUGCGACUGAGCUAGACUCCUUUCACGGACAGUUACAGGAUUCUUACGUCUCCUUAGGCCGCGACUUCAAGACUCUGUUUGAGGAUCUCCUUCGACGCAUGAAUGAGCAGCAAGCCGAGGCGCAAAGACUUCGAGAGGAGAUCAUUGAGGCCAACACGAACUUCGUGGAAGCUGGUCAGAACUCGCACGAGCAGCUUCGGCAGGCCAUCGACAAGGAGCGAGAGGUGGCGGCCAAGGAGAGGGAGACUUUACUCUCUCAAAUCACUUCGCUCGUCAGCAACUCGGCAGCUGCACAAGAGGCUAGAAUGACUGGGUACCUGGAGACUGCCAACAAGCGUGUUAAGACUUCUGAGGACGAGUAUCGGGUAGCCCAGCAGGCGUAUGGGAGCAGCAUGGACUCUUGGACCACCAACGGCCAGACUCUCAUUGACUCGUCUAUCCAAGCCCGAGAGUCUAUCAAGGCUAAGCUCAAGGCAGACUGGACGAACGCGAACGAUCGAACCAUCAAGAUCACGGAGACGACGAAUGCUGUCCAUGGCGAGACCGUCCGGAUCGUCGAUGGGCAGAUGGCAGAGAUGGACAACCAACUGGUCGCCCUGGACGAAAUAGUCUCCCGCGUGCAAGCUCAAAACGAAGAGCAUCACAGUGCACAUACCGCCAGUCUGGACCAACUUGCAAGCAACGUUCAGGAGAGCUACCGAACCAUCGGCGACCACUUCGAGAUAUCUUAUGGCCGGACUCAGGGACUGGACAUCGACAUGAAAGAUCGUGCCGAUGCCUUGAUGCAGACACUACCCACGAUGGCACCAGACGGUGAGGUCCAGCAAUCUCUGCGCGAGCUUCGUGAAAACAAUGCUGCAGCACAGAUUGCAGAGUACGCCAUUACCGGCCAGACUCCAGCCAGGAUGCAAUAUACUUAUCCGACGACUCUACCACGAACAGAGAACCACCAGACGCUUCUGAACCGCAUGCGUGGUAUUCCAGAAGUUGGUGAGCCACCGGCAUCUCCGCCAAAGUCACCUGGCAAGCGAUCUCCUUCAAAGAUCAAGAGCAUCCCGACCAAGCUGCAAUCAAGUCCCACGAAAACAAACGUCUUCCUCGAUGCACCUCCUCUGCUGGGAGCGCCAGCGUCGGCUCCUGUAUCGCGCCCCCAGACUGCAAGUAGCCAUAACAGUAGCCUGCGAGAGCUAGAUGUUAAUGUGCCAAAUGCAGGAGUCACAGUUGUCGCCGCUGGCAAUCAGGGUGUUGAGGAGGGACUUGAGAACAGCAAGGUGCCACCUCCUCCACUUAAAAAGCAGCGUACUAAUCCACUUCCCAUGUCACAGAGCGAAAGCAAACUACCGACGAAGCGUAGCACGCGGAUGACGGUAGCAGGUGGUUUGCUGGCGGCUGAUGACAGCCAGAAGGAGAAUGUCGACCUCAGCGCGAGUGUGGGCUCUGGCCUGGGGAGGAGGCUGAGGAGUCGUGGGAGUGAUUGA